AUCCGCGGAACUAGCUCACAACAGAGGGGGAGGAGGAGGGAGGUGAUCCAUGGAGAAGUCGCCGGGGGCUUCACCGGAGACCGCCGCGGCGGCCGCGGAGGUGGCGGAGCGGUUCCGGUCGCUGGUCUCCGCCGAGGACGUCGGAUCCAUCAAGCAGGCGCAGCACCUCAUACUGGGGCGAUUGCAAGAUAGUAAUGCAGUUCUCACGCAUUUUAACGAGUACUCUGAACAAUGCUUUGCGGAGGUCUCCAGUGACUUUGCUAGUAAAACUCGCCUUCUCAAGUCGAUGAAGGAUGAUCUUGACCAUAUUUUCCUGAAACUGAGAAGCAUGAAAUCAAGGUUAGCAGCAACUUAUCCAGAUGCUUUCCCUGAUGGUGCGAUGGCAAAGACGAUGGAUCAAAGACCAGAUCUUGAAAAUCCUCUGGAAUAAUUGGUUUAUCACCUAAACGUAGCAUAUCAGCGACAAGAUCUGCUGCAGCUAAGAUCCAUUUCCUUUUUCUUGAGAAGUGACGCAAGAAAGUUCUAUCUGCACCUUGUGUUGCAGAAAACUACAGCUUCCAGAAACUUCCGCGUACACCUUUC